AUGUUCGCCCGAAAGGGCAAAUCAUCAGAUAUUCAAGCGAGUAUAACUCGUUUCACUGAUUUAACUCGUGACGCAGUCAGUCGUGUAAAACAUCUCAAAAUUCUUCUCGACACAUUGACCACAAAUGUAAGCUGAUCACAAAUCGAAUAAGCUUCCUAAUGAAGUUUGUUUUUUUUUUAGGAAAAACGACAAUUUCUCGAUGAGCACAGUUUUGAGACAUUCCAUUUGGUUGAUGAAUUAUUGAUGGUCAACGAUGCUAGUAAUCAGGUUUGGAUCUUGAUUUUAUAGUAAAUCAUAUGAAUACAAGUAUUUCAGAUAGACACAGCGAUUGAAGCUGAAAGUGGAUUAUGGACAUUGGAACAAGUCCUAUGCUUGGCACCUGAAUUAGUUGGAAGUGGAUGGCAGCGGCAUGCAAUCGAAUCGCUUCUCAAAAAAGCGUUUCAUCCAACAAAUCAUAUGGCUGUGAGGAAAAUCGCAAUGCGAUUGUUUUUGACGUUUUAUCAGUGUUUGGGAGUUUAUGGCAAGGUUAGUUAGCUCGCUAAUUUUUGAAUUUGAGUUUUUUUUAUCGAAAAAUUUAAUCAUAUUCGAUUUCAGGCAACUCCUGACCUUGAUCGUGUAUUUCAAUCGAUUCUCCCAUUUUUCCCACUCAAAAGUGGUUUGAGUACAGAUGAUGUGCUUUUGGAGUAUUGUCUUUCGUCUGGAACUGGAGACUGGUGCGAGAAAUUGCGAAUCGGACAAUUCAGAAAAAGUGUCUCGGCAAACCUAUCAACCAAAGAAAAAGCACAAACAUUGCAGUUGUAUUUGGAUAAGUUUUUGGAAUAUUGUACAAGAGAAACGGGGAGAAUUGAAUGGAAUGAUGAUUCGAAACGAUUGGAGUGUGCGAAAUUUCUCAUUGAUAGGUUGGUUUUCAUGAUUUUUGCAAAAAAAUCUGAAUUAGAAUUCGAAGCAUGUUUUCCUUUAGAAUCAUCAAACUGUACAUGAGCGAAUGUUUCGAAGAACUCGAAUCAAAUGGAGUUGAUGUCUUUGGUGGUUGGGAAGGUGCAGAAGAGCAGGGAAAACUUCUUGACACAGCAGAUCCGGUGGUUAUUGCAAGAUAUUGGUUGAUUCGCUGGAUCAAUAAUAUCGCAUCUGCUACACAUCAAUCUUCAAAUUCUUCACAAUCUACACAAACAUCAUUACUGUUAUAUCGACAAGCUUUGUUCUCAUCUCAAAAGGCAACAAAUGUCGCAUUGACUUUAAUGCGUGAAGCAAUGACACUUCCAAUCGCAUGUAGCAGUGUUACUCAUAAAGUUGUGAAUGUUCUUGCCACGUGGCUUCUUCAAUACGAAAUUCCACCAUUUGUGCAAUCUGGUGAAGUGUCAAUCGAGAGAAGUUCUUUGCUAUUGUCGAAUAUGAUGCUCAGCUUUUUUCAUUCGCCAUAUUUGAAACAAUCGGGAGAGAAGUUGAAUUCCGCGGUUUCCAUAUCCUUCUCAAUUUUACAAUCAUGCAAACAACUUGUUGCGCAUCGAAUUCAACUUCCAAAACCGUUGCCACAAAAGUUUUGGUCAGAAUUGAUGUUGGGUCUUUGCAAUUGUGGAGUUAGAAUAUGUUCGCAAAAUGACUCGUUUUCUCAACAAGUUUCUCCGGCUUUCACAUCUACAAUUAUUUCAAAUGUUGUUAUUAUUAAGGUACGGAUUUUAUUCAUUAAACUUAUAAUUAUUGAAAGUUUAAGGCUGUUCGACGCAUCGAAAUUGAGGACGAUAUUUGGGAUGAUGUUCACGAUUUUAUGAAAAAAGGAGUUUGGAUUUCAAUGGCUGAACAAUGGUCAACGGUUUGUAAACUACAAAAAAAGCUUUUUUAGCAUUAAAAAAACCAAAAAUGUGAUCCACUAACGGUAGUUUUAUUCAUUUUCACCAUUUUCUCAACACAUUCGCAGCUGAACAAAGUUGAAGCUGAAACGCAUUUUAGUAUCCAGAAAUGCUAUUUCAAGACAUUCUAGCUUGAUUUGUCCUUUCGGCUGAUUAGAAGGUCUUGAAAUAGCAUUUCUGGACGCGUUUUAGCUUCACUUUAUUCAGCUGGGGAAUGUGUGGAGCAAAUUGUGGAAAAAUGAAUGAAAAUACCGUUCGUGAAUCACAUUUUUGAUUUUUUUUAAACGUUCGUGAAUCACUGCACUAUAUCUAAAGUCAUUUUCAUUCCAGAUAGUCAACAGUGUUACUCGUGCAUUAAUUCUGCAUCUCGCACACGUCGAUCUAUUCUCCCGAGAAGAAUCGAUGAGAAAAGCCACAGAAACCCAACGAAUUUCGGCGAUUCGCAGGCAAGCCGAGUCAUCGGGCGGUGCUAUUAUGCUAGAGGAAACCAGGAAAGAAACAAUUGAUGCUGGAGAUAGUUUGAAUUCAACUGAAGAUAAUGUAUUUCAUGAUACAGAUGAUAUUACAACCGCGGUUACUGUAAGUGAAACAAAAAAUGAUUUUUUAAAUAUUUUUAUAAAUUGUUUUCAGUCAUGGUCUGGCGAUAAAUUAGCGUGGCUUCAAACUUGGCGACGUGUUAUUAGUUUGGUUGAUCCGUAUACAACAAAUUCAAAUGCGAACGUGGCAAUUGAUUGUUUAUCAAAUACAAUUUGCAAUUUAUUAUCCGUAAAUCUUCACCCGCUUGCUCAUUGGAUUGCCUGUCGUUUGGUUACAGUUCCACACUCAUUAUUAUCUCGAUGUGUUCCAGCGUUAUCAGCGAUUUUGAAAGAUUCAACAAUUCGCCAACCAUCUCCCCUACUUUCCGCAAAUAUAUUAUUAUGUUUCAUUCGAUUGAUGCAAUCAAAAGAUCAAUUGGUGGUUCCAGCAAUUUGUGGAUUAUCAGCCAAAGAAUUAUCGAUUGUUUCACCAAGAGCACUGGAACAUCUUCCAAAAAUGUUGAGUGCUGCAAAAGCAUCGAAAGAUGCCAAGGUUUCGGCGAACUCUUUGAAAUUGUUUUCAAUGCUUGCUUCUUCGUAUCCUGGUGCGGAAGAUGUUCUACUCGAUCAAUUGAAUUUGACAGAUGUUUCGGAAAAUGCGGUUGUUAUUGUGAACACGUUAGCAAUUCUAAUUGUUCAGCGAGCACAAAUUGAUCUGGUUCUCACAACUAUGAAAACAAUUGAAGCACAUCAAUUCGCAAUGCGACUUAUACCAUUAUUUUGCUCUUCGAUCGCGUCGUUGGCUCGAUUUAGUAAUUCUGGAUUAUUGCAAGCAUUGCUCAGAGCAGCAAGUCUUCUUCGAGAUGAAAGAAAUCGAACUGAAGUUGAAUGGCAGAUGGUUAAAUUGUGUAUGCAAUCGAAUCAACAACAAUAUCCAUUGGUUGUUCGUGGAAUUCUUGCUGAUAAACAAUCGGUUUUACAAGGAGAAUUGAUUACGAUGGCUGGACAAUAUCCGUUGAAAGGAUUUGAAGUUUCAAGAUGGAAUUCGGUGGAAACUACACCGAAGAUACCAGCACUUAAUGAUGUCAAUGAUAAAACAGUUUUUAUCAAUCGAAAUAGUUCGAUUGUGAGCAUCUCCCGAAAAUCUGAUGUAACCUGUCGAACUGUUGUUGGAAGACAUGUUUGGGAACUUGACACAUUUGAUGAACCAAGAAAACCCGCGCAAAAUGCGACAAAUUGGCUGAAAAAAGAGGCGGCUAAGGGAAAGAAACCAGGAAGAGAAUCGCAGGGAAUACUCGGAGCGAUGGAUGAUCCAUUCGAUGAAUUGCCAGAAACACGGCCGAGUUCGGGUUAUUCGGAUACAACAACAUCGCCGAUUGAGGGAAGUGCACAGUUUGCGGCGAUGAUUGAGACGAGUCGCAGGCAGCCGCAGCCGAUUGGGAAUUGUUUGCAACAUGAAGUUCCUGGAUUUGUUCCGAAUACUAGGUUUGUUUUAUUAUUAUUUUUUGAAUGGCCUCGGCCUAGAUUCAACUCUAGAUUGUCCGAAUCAGGCCUGUACCGGAAAUUUUCCGGUUUUUUUUAAGGAAAAAUCAAUUUUCCGGUUUUCCGGUAAAUGUGAGAAAAUAUUUUCAAUAUUGCCUAAAUUUUGGGAAAUUUUCUAAGUUUAUGAUUAAAAAAAAUUUUUUUUGGAAUUUUUUAUAAAAUUAUUCGAAUUUUACUAUUUUUUGAAUGUAAAAUGUCUCAAAUAGUUACUAAAUUACCUGUGAAUAGAAGAAUUGUAGAUAAAAAUAAGUUUUAGUUCCAACUUAAAGCUGAAAAUCGAAAUUUCAGACCUUGAAAAAUUUUCCGGAUUUUCCGGUUCAAAAAAUCUGGUUUUGGACCUCUGGGGCGAAAUCCACAACAAAAGUGGUCUACCAAAAAUUGCUGAACAAAAUUUUUUGGUACACCAAAUUUUUCUUCAGUAAUUUUUGAUAGACCACUUUUGUGAAUUCGGCUCCUGAACCGAUUUUUUCCAUUUCAAAAUUCCCACCAACAUAAAUACCUCAAAAAAUUUGCAGACUUCUCGAAUGGCGUUCACUUUCCGCAUCACUUGGCUUUGUUCCAACAGUUUCGCAUGUUCAUCCGAAUUUCCAACGUGAUCUCAAACAUCUCGAUCAAACUUCUUCUCGUGAAGUACACAAAGUCGCCGUGAUUUAUGUCGCUGAAAAUCAGGAGGAUCGAACAACGAUUCUGUCGAAUAACCAAGCAUCGGAGGAUUUUGACGAGUUUGCCGGUGAACUUGGUUGGGAAGUUCGAAUCGGAAAAGGGCACGAAGGAUAUGGUGGAGGAUUGCCGGUUGAAUCGCGUGCACCCUAUUAUUCGGACGCCGAAACUGAAGUCAUAUUUCAUGUGAGUAGUUGGUUGAAUGGAGAUGUUCAACACAAAUGGAAACAUAUUGGAAAUGAUGAGGUUCAUGUUGUGUGGACGGAGAAUUCUCGAAAAACCUAUACACGCGAAACAAUUGCGACGAAAUUUUGCGAUGUUUUGAUUGUUUUGGAGAAUGUUGGUGAUAAAAUGGUGCGAGUUCGAGUUGACACGUCAUCGAGUUUGGAAUUUGGACCACUUUUUGAUGGAGCACUCGUUUCACAAUCCGAAUUGGCGAAUUUAGUGAGAUCAACUGUGGUGAGUGGUCUUACAAGGGACUUACAUUAGGGUGAUAACGGGUUUUGAAAUAAGGCAAGUACAUUCUUAUGUAAGUCGCCGCGUUGAUCACGAUGCCGCAAAAAUUAGCCGCUGAGCUCCAUUUUGAGCCGCGCAAAUGAGCUGCGAAGCGAAAAUUCACGAAAUUUUUUUCACGUUUCUUUGGAAAUUAAAGCAAUUUUUCACGUGAAAGUUUCUGACUCAAACAUUUUUGGUGUCAACUUUUCGAUGGUCCCAAAAUCGACUUCAAACACCAAUUUUCGAAAAAAUAUCUAUUCUACCCAAAACUUACUUAUUUCAUAUGAAAAUUGAGAUUUUCUGAGCAAACUUUGGAGCUCAGCAGCUAAUUUUCGCGGGAUCGUAAUCAGCGCGUCGAUUUACCUAAUACUGCGCUUAUCUCAUUUCAAAACCCGUUCACCCUUAUCGAAGUCCCUUAAUAUCUUUUUUUCUUCAAAAUUACAAUUUUCUCCAGAUAAAUGCUUCACGUGCAUAUCGAUUAGCUCGAAUCGAACAUUCCCGUCCACUUCGACAUCGCGAAGAAGUAUUUUAUAACGAAGCGGUUGCUCAUAUGAAACCAAUGAGUUUGGCACAUUCAAUUAAUCAUCUUUAUGUACCAACUAUUUAGGGGGUUUAAUAUAUUUGGGUAGGUAUUAAAGUUGCACAAUAUUCUAUAAUGCUUUAUAUAUGUGAUUUUGCGAAAAAUUUGUGAUAUUUAUACUCAUUGUGAAUAUUUUUAUUUAUUUAUUGAUUUUCCAUAAAUGUUUUAUUCUUAUUUUAAGAUUUCUCGAUUUUUUGUGUCGUUUUUACCGAUUUUAAUACAUUUUAACACUAAAUAAAGAAUAUUCUAACAAAAAAUCCAUUCCAGAUGAAUAUUUUACACCACAAAUCAUGGCAUGUUCGCACCAAAGCGAAUAUGCAAAGAGUUCGGCGAGAUGAGGCGAAAGCGGCCGAAGAAGAGCAACGAAUUUUGGAUCGACAAAUUCAGGCGGAAAAUGAGCGAAGAAUUGGUGUUUUGAGACAACGAGCCGAGCAAAAAGUGAAUAGUUUAUUUGGAGAAUCGAGUAGUGAAGCGGCUGGAACAUCAUCGAGAGAUGUUUGUAUUUCGGAUGAAACUGGACAUGUUAAUUUAUUCCAAGUGAGAUUUUGAGAAAAUUUGGGAGAGGGAGAUGAAACUAGAGGAAAAUCCGGAAAAUGAUCUUUAGUAGUAAUAUUUUCAAAAUUGCCUAAAUUUUGGGAAAUUUUUUCAGUUUAUGAUAGAAAAAAUGAAAUUUUUGGAAUGUUUUUUUCAAUUGUUCAAAUUUUACUAUUUUUUGAAUGUAAAAUGUCUAAAAUAGUUACUAAAUUACCUGUGAAUAGAAGAAUUGUAGAUAAAAAUAAGUUUUAGUGCCAACUUAAAGCUGAAAAUCGAAAUUUCAGACUUUGAAAAAUUUUCCGAAUUUUCGGAGUACCAGAAAAAGUGUCUAAACCAAAAAAAUUCAAAAUUAUGAAUUUUUCAUUUGGAAUUUGUUUAUCUAAAGAUCAUUUAGUAACUAUUUUGUUCAGAGCUUCAAAAAACAUUCAGAAAAUUUUUUUCCUUGAAAAUUGAGCGAUUCUGAAGAUAUCAUAACUAAAAAGAUUUUUCAAAAAGACACCGAAAAGUUUAAUAUGAGAUUUUCCGAAAUUAAAAUUUUGACAGCAAAAAGUUUAAUAUGAGCAAUGCCCUGAUUUUUCAAAAAAAAACCUUCAUAAUUUCAGGAUCUCGAACGAGAAGAGCGCAAAAAUCUAGGAACCGGCAAUAAAGAAUAUGAAGAAGAGAAAGCGAAGGAGAAACGAGAAUGGGAGUCGAAAAUGGGAAUUCAAGUGUAUUUUGCUGAAAAUACGAAUGAUUUGGAUAAGAAAAAAGAAUGGUAUGAAACUAUGCCAAUGAGAAAAGCACCGGAUAAACAAAAAACAAAGAAAUAUGAUGAGGAUUCAUUUGCGGAUCGGAGAAUUGAGAAGAGGAAACGAGAGGAUUCAGAUUCUGAAGUUGAGAAAAAGAAGAAGAAGAAAAAGCAUAAGAAAGAGAAGAAGAAAAAGAAGAAACAUCGGAAACAUCGAGAUUCUUCUGAAGAACGAGAAAUUGAAAAAGAAUAUGAAAAAGAAAAACGGAAACGAUUGGAAAUAUUAAGAGAUGAAAGAUUGAAGAGAGAAAGAAUGGAAUCGGCAAGAACUUAUGCACUUUUACAUCCAGAAGAGAUUAAGAGGGAAGAACAAUCGAAACGGCCAAAAUAUAAUUCACAGUUUAAUCCUGAACUUGCAAGGCGAUAA